AAGAAUCUGUCCCUGAGUGGCGGUAGCUAGGUUGAUGGAAGGAUUCUGUCAUUGACCUAUCCAAUCCACAUUUACACCUGGGUUAGGUCAGCAUAACUACAGGCUACAGCUCUCACGGGAAUGAAUGUGUCACACCCCUGAGUGCCGUAGCGAUACCAAUCUAACUUUUAAGUGUAGACCAGGCUGAUGUGGCAUAGCUAGGAAGAAGUUUUUUCUGCCAAUGCAGGACCACCACCUGCUCAAAUAAUAUUAGCUUUGGCAACAGAAGGACUCUUCUGUUAGUGUAGCUGCAUCUAUACUGGGUGUGUUUGUCAACAUAGCUAUGACGGUAUAAAUUUUAAGUGUAGACCAAGCCUAAAACUAGCCUCCUUUUUAUCCCGUUCCAGAAACUUUCCAUUGAUGACAGUAGGGGAAAGGUUGCGAAAGAUUGGCAGCUAAGUGGCGGACUGAGUAUGGGACUAAAUGUGAGCGGAAAAUGCAGGCCGUUCAGUGAACUCUGUCCGGCAGACCCUGCCAAGAUAUGGUUUAGCGCAGUUCAGCAUUUUUUUGUCUGUAAACAAGUCAGCUUAUAUAAUGUGUAUAAUUUAUGAAUGCAAUGAAUGUAGCCAGCUGUUGACCCCAUGUAAUCUUGAAAUAAGCGCUGGGGGAUAUAGCAUUGCAGCGGACUCCCUUGGGUGGAGUCCUGCCUGGCCAGCUGUCCCGAACGGUCAAAGUUCCCUGCAGUCCCUCCGCGCACCCUGGGACUCUCCGCGCAGCUUAAAGUGCUAUGGCCAUCGUGGUGAGCAUUUUUCCAGUUCUCCUUUGGAGAAUGAUGGCAUUUCAGACAAACUUAUUGCAAGCUAAAGGAAUUCAGGUUCUCCCACCUGUUAAUUUCACCGUCACAGUCUCUGCACUAGCAGAAGUACUUUUGCAAUGGAAACCAAACCCUGAUCAGGAAAAGAAUGACACUGUUAAAUAUGAGGUGGAUAUUAUGACUCCUACGUUGGACCCAUUUAAUACAAAGAAAACUUGCAGUACCCGUACGGUUGUGCUUCAUAAUGGUUUUUCUGCACGUAUUCGGACAUUGCUUCCCUAUAACAACUCACAAAUGGAAAGUAACUGGGUUACAGCUAAACUUCAAGCCCCACCAGGUGCUGUUGAGACAUCAGUCACUAACUUGUCCUGUGUGAUUUACAUGGCCAUUAAUAAUACUGCAUCUCUUCAUUGCAACUGGCUUGCUGGCAAAGAGGCACCAGAAGAUACAAAAUACUUUCUAUUUUACAGGUAUAAUAGCUACACUGAAGAAUGCCAAGAAUAUAGUAAAGACAACUGGAAGAGAAAUAUUGGUUGCCGAUUUUCAAACACUUACAUAAAGACAAGUGAAAUUGACGAAGUCGUCGUCGUACACAUUAAUGGGUCAAGCAAGUACACUGCAAUCAAACCUUUUGAACAGUUAUUUAAUCCAAAUGCCAUUGAGAAAGUGAAUCCUCCCAGAAAUGUCACCGUGUCUUUAAAACAAAACAACCUUCUGGUCAUGUGGGAAAUGCCAGAUUCUUUUUUCAUAAAGGAAUGUUUUGAAUAUGAAUUUAACAUCUACAACUGGAAGACGGGUUACAAAAAGACAUGGGAAACUAAGUUAAAUAGUUUCAGUUUAAGGAUUGAUGACACCUGCAGAUAUUCCAUAAAGAUAAGAGCUAAUCAUCAAUCAUGGUGUAGUGAAGGAAUUUGGAGUGAAUGGACUGAAUCUGUUUAUACUGGAGAAAACCAGCCAAGGACUUCAUUAGACUCCAAGGCCUACAUGGUUCUCAUUGCGCUUAUAGUAUUCGUAUGUGCCAUGUCAUUGCUUAUUGCUAUAAUAUGCAGAAAAUAUCACUUAUGGAGCAGACUAUUUCCACCAAUUCCAACACCCCAAAACAGUAUAAAAAAUCUGUUUUUAAAUAAGAGCUAUCAGAGAGCACGUACCUUUACCAGUGAAACGGAAACAGAAAUUGGAAGUUGCUUUGAAGAUCUUGGAAGUUAUGUUGAAGACCUGUCUUCGGAUGUCCUUGAAGAUUCUUGUAAUUCUUGUAAUCUGUAAUCCAUUCAUGAGCUUGAAAUUAACGGGAGUGUUACUGCAAGUGACAACAUCUUAGAUUGGAUGAACCUUCAGAUCAUACCAUCAUCAGUGCUUCAAAGACAGAAAAAUGUGUUGCUUCCAAGAGGUGAAGUUGCUUAAUUCCAAGCUAACACAUACAAAUGUCACUUUUUAAGAAAAAAGUGAGUACAUUCUAUGACACUCUGUACCUCGGGGGGGACACCCUACACCCCCAUGUUCAUCUUUAUAAAAUGAUUGUGUGGUAUCCAAUGCAAAGUUUGUCAU